AACAUAAUAUAUACUGACUUCAAAAGAUUCUGGUAGUUUAUUAGUUAUGGAAACUUUUUCAUUGCAGUGUUACGGAAAGCUUCGGCCGACAGGCUGAAUAACUGAUCGAUAACAGCGCCUCACACAGCAGAGCAUUCAAUAGAUUUUGUAUAUAGCGACUGUCACACCGGUAACUGAUCAAUGUUAGCGAACAUGUUAUAAUGUACCGGGAUUAAAGUAAUAAUACUGAUAAAAGUGAUAGAAAAGAAAGAUAAGAGACGUUAAAAGUUAUAUUUUAUGAAAGAUAUUAAUAAAUCCGAAUGACAAAGGAAAAUCAGAAGUUCUAUGACGGGCAUGGCAAAAUGUUAGCUUGAAGUUGUUUAUGGAAUAAGACUUGGACGUUUCCGCUAGUACUGUCUCAAGACAGCAAGUAUAAUGAGGAUGAUUGUCGUUAUACAAGACAACGUCUAAGACCUCAAACCAAAAUAUCUCUACAGAGUAUUUGUCGUGAGAUCAAAUUUCGAUGUUGUUUAAUAACUAUAAUUGUUGAUUUAUACAGUAAAAACACUGCUACGUCAAAAAAUCAACAUUUCAAAUCGUUUUGUGGAUAUGCCUAAGCUGUAACGUUCCGUUAUUCUCCAUAGUUACCUCCAAGAUGACGGAAAAUGCAACAGGAAACCCGAACGGAACACCUCCAUUCGUGAAUCUAAGGAUAAUGACACCUAUUGAAUAUGCCGUACCAAUAAACGGAUACUUCUCACCCAUUUUAAUAUGCUUCACUGUGGUUACAAAUAUACUAGUCGUUGUGGUGCUUCUAAAGAAACAUAUGCGUACCCCAACAAAUGCAAUUCUCGCCGGAAUGGCGGUGUCCGACAUGUUUACUGGACUUAUCCCUUUACCAGUAUUCAUUUAUUUUUUUUCACUUGGAAACUAUAGGGAAAAAGUGCCAUUGAACUGGUGCGUUAUCUACGUUUAUUUCGGAGAAUAUAUUCCAACAAUAUUCCACACGGCUUCAAUAUGGCUGACAAUGGCACUGGCAAUUCAGCGAUAUAUUUAUAUUUGUCAUUCUUUCCAAGCCCGUAAAUGGUGUACGAUGCAAAACGUUUUAUUAGGAACAGCAAUCAUAUAUGCUAUUGCAACUUUAGCGCAGGUUUCGCGGUUCCUAGAGGAGGACUAUAUAGAUAUUGAAGCUCCCUCAAAUGUAAACCCAAAUGAAACUGUAAAUGCAUGUGUUAGAGUCCUUAAGCCCUGGGUUAGGAAUCAUAUGGAUCUUUAUUACAAUGUAUACUUUUGGUUCCGUGUCAUAUGUAUCCAUCUGAUACCGUGUACAUUUUUAGUAGUCCUAAAUGCUCUGUUAAUAUUAACAAUGCGACAGGCACAAAUUAGAAGAAUGCAGUUGUUGAAACAAAACAAAAAGAGUGAAUCCAGAAAGCUAAAGGACAGCAACUGUACAACAUUAAUGCUGGUUGCUGUUGUCGGAUUAUUUUUAUUGGUAGAAUUUCCAAUGGGAAUAAUCAUGAUACUAAAUAUUGUUCAAAAUACAUUCGAACAUGUUAAUAUUUGUGAUGAUCGAACCUUCGCCAUUAUGUCACUUAUGUCCAAUUUCUUCAUUUUGCUAAGUUAUCCUCUUAAUUUUUUUAUUUAUUGUGGAAUGAGCCGACAGUUUCGAGAAACAUUCAAAAGAAUGUUUAUUGGUGGAAGCAUGCCUAUAGAUCGGGAAUGCUCGCAGUAUAUGACGCUUCCGAUCGAAAACGGAAAUAAGACUCAGAUGACGGGAGGAGAAACUGUCCUGUAAAUGAGCUUGAGAACUAGUAAAUCGAGUAUGGAACAUUGAAAAAUAACCUCGAAACGGAGGUUCUAGUAGUUCUUUCGUCAGAAUUUAAUCUUUGUUAAACUAACAUCAGAUGUCUUUGAUUUUUUUAUGGCUAAUGUACGGCUGUCAGUCAUCUGUGUUCAGUUACAACAAUCACGCGGUUUGUGAGGAAACAUAUAAUAUGAAGAAGUGGACAUGCUAUUUGAUUAACAGCAAUAUCCAUUGUUUCGGAGAUGAUACUUGAUGAAGGAUACUCGCCGUUGUUUCGGAGAUUGACCUAAAUACUGCAAAUCUUAAAUAUAUUGAAAUCAAUAUUGCCUUUCGUUGUAUCUACUUAUGUUAAGAAUGUACAGAUCUUGUAUUAAUGUUAUGUUAAUAUAUAAAUGAAUCGUCAACAAA